AUGCCUACAUUAUCUGGCUUCUCUGACAAUCCCUUCCGUACCAGGCGCGAUAUGGUAAAUGCGACCUUGGCCAUAUUGCGACCGUUGACCCGUCACUUUUCACCCUCUAACGCCCGCAUCCGCCUUCCUGUUUCCACGAGAGUUCACUUCGACGAAGGUGCCGCGCAGCUUGAAGGGUUCGCCCGACCUCUCUGGGCAGUAGCUUCCCUCCUUGCGUGGCAGUCUUCGGUGGAGACAAACACUUGCCCCGACAGUACUCUUGCCGAGGCGAUUGAGGAAGUUAUAGAGCCAUGGAUCCCGGGCUUUGUUGCGGGAACCGAUCCCGAUCAUCCAGAAUAUUGGGGUCCGAUUCGCGACAUGGACCAGCGCAUGGUGGAAGCCGAGGUGGUUAGCUAUGCGCUCCUGUCCGCUCCAGGGAAGCUAUAUCACAGCCGCGACGAGAAAACCCGGAGAAACAUCACGUUUUGGCUGCGAGGGAUAAAUGGGAAGCAGAUGCCCGAUAACAAUUGGCGAUGGUUUCGGGUGUUUGCCAAUCUCGCGCUCAUUCAGAUCUGUGGUGUGCCUGCUGCGGAGGUGCUCGAUGAGAUGCAUGCAGAUUUCCAAGUUCUCGAUUCCUUUUAUCUCGUUGAUGGCUGGUCUAGCGAUGGUCCAUGGCUCACGGCACAAGAAGAAGAGGAAGAAGCGGCAGAAUUCGAGCGAACGAGGCGACGGGAUGCAAUUGGCAAAGGGCGACAGGUCGACUACUACUCUGGGAGCUUUGCCAUUCAGUUCAGCCAGUUGCUGUACACCAAGUUCGCAGGGGAUCUGGAUCCCGAGAGAAUCGCAAGAUAUAAACAGCAGGCCCGGGAAUUUGGUGCCUAUUUCUGGCAGUAUUUUGACUCGAGUGGCUCUGCUAUACCGUUCGGCCGAUCUCUCACCUACAGAUUCGCAUGCGGUGCCUUUUUUGCUGCGCUUGCAGUGAGUCCCGUGUCUGAUAUGCCAUGGCCUCUGUCCAGCCCAGGCCGAGUCAAAGGCUUCCUUCUGCGACAUCUGCGAUGGUGGGCCGCUCAUUCGGACGACAUUUUCCAUUCGGACGGAACCCUGAACAUUGGAUGGCUUUACCCGAACAUGUAUAUGUGCGAGGACUACAACUCCCCACAAUCACCCUACUGGAGCCUCAAGACUUUGAUCGCGGUUGCUCUCACACAAGAUAACGAUUUCUGGUCUGCAAACGAAGUGCAGUAUCCGCCUUGUUUCCCACCGCGCCUUGUUCCUGCUCCUCGACAGAUCCUCACGAAUCAUCCGGCGGGAAAUCAUCAUUUCUGCCUGUCGCCGGCUCAGUUUCUCGCCUGGCCGAUGAAAGCAACUCAAGCCAAGUACUCCAAGUUUGAAUUCUCAUCCACUUUUGCUUUCUCGGUGCCCACCGGACCCCUUAUCCAGCAGGUUGCACCCGACUGCACCUUGGCACUGAGUAGAGAUGGCGCUGAAACGUGGGCAGUAAAAUGGCGUUCUUGCGAGCCUCGAUUCACUACCGUUUCUCUGAAAGCACAUUCACGUACAUCCUCUGUUGAGGCUGCAUCGGUUCGAUGGUACCCGUGGGGGGACAGACAAGUUGAGGUUGACACGACACUAAUCCCACCGACAGACCAGUGGCCGGACUGGCAUGUUCGGGUUCAUCGAGUCCGAAUCAACUCCGCGCUUCGUAGCCUGCACACUGUUGAGGGCGGCUUUGCCUCGCCAGGCCGGUGCUCCCGAGACGGAUGGAAGCUCCCCGACAUUUGUGCUUUAAGAACAGAUAUGGAUGUUGGCUCUAGUGAAGGAGUGAUGGAGACGGGUGACUCGGUCUUAAUGCUAUCAGUAGCCGGAGCCAGUGGUCUUGCUCCUGGUGUGGGAAAAGACUCAUCGGCGUGUGUAGUAACUAGAGCUCAUGCUCUGAAGCCGGAUGCAAAUACGAAUCUGGCACAUCAGAGAACGCUUAUCCCGAUUAUCACGCGUGAUAUCGCUCAGGACCUCCAAGCGGGGGAUGAGUUUAUGUUUGUCACCCGAGUCUUUGCCAGUUCGGCCACUGCGAACGGCCACCGAAGAGUCCGCGGAAGCCUUGCAGAUCGAUGGGCAGACAAGCCCGCCGUGUCGUUGUCGACUUCGGAUGACUUGGGAUCGGACGCAAAUUGUAUAGUUCUAUUUCCAUAG